UACCUUACCCACCCACGGCAGGUACCUCCCUCUGAACAUCGUUGCGGGCAAAUACCGAGCAUGGAUGUGGUUAGGUCAUUGAUGCAACACCUAGCCUCUUCAUUUGUAUAUACAUAUACAUAUAUAUAUAUAUAUGUGUGUGUGUGUAUCCGUCUUUCCACAAUGAUCUUAUCCAUAGCUUUCGUACACUGUGCCGUGGUGACGCCGGCGAGAACACCGAGAUUCCCAAAGUAAAAGGAAAGAAAGAAAGAAAGAAAAAAGAAGAAAAAAGCCAUGACAGCCCGACUGCGAAAACAGCCGCGACACGGCCCCUUCCGCCGACACAGCAACGGCGGCAGUGAGGAUCGGCUCGCAGGCAUCGAGAUGGCGCCCUUCAACAGCUCCCGCCGCGCCAGCAGCAACAGCAGCGUCGCCACCAGCGAGACGUCGUCGCCGCCGCCACCGCCCUACUACAGCAGCAUCAACACCGGCCCCAGCACCAGCAAUCCCACAGCUGCCGCCGCGGCAUUCAUCCCCACCGUGCAGCUGCAGAUCGAGGCGGUCGGCCGGCCCGUGCUGUCGCUGCCGCUCCCGCGCGUGCGCCUGUUUCUGCCCUCGGCGGCGGCGGCGUCGCAUGCCCAUGCGAGUGCGAGUGCGAGUGCGAGUGCGAGUGCGAGUUCAAACACAGCAGACACGUCUUCACUGCCCUAUGACAAUGAUGAUGACAACAACAACACGUGCAGCUUCGCUGCCGACGACGCACUGCCGCAGCAGCAACCCUGCUGGGACGACUUCGAGCUCACGUCGGCCGGCCUGCUCACGCGCGCCGUCGUAUUCCGCACCCGCCUGGGCACGUUCGCGUGGCGCUAUGCCGGGCGUCGCGAGCGCAGGCACUUUUUCCACUCCCACUUCCAGUCCAGCACAUCGUCGCAAUCACCGUCGCCACCAUCCUCGUUUUGGAGUAGCAGUGGAAGUGGCAGCCUGCUAGUGCUCGAACGGGUCGUCAGGGUCGCGCGGGCACAGAACCACCACAACGGAGCAAAGGUAGAUGACGAAGAACUGCGCACGCCCGUGGCGUACCUCGCGCGCAACGCCGCCCUGCGCACCCCCGGCAGCAGCGCCGGCAGCGCCGGCAACGGCGGGCGGCUGCUGGUCGACCUGGCGUCGUGGGACGAGGCGGGCGAGAAGACGGACAGGGACAUGGCCGUCGUGCUUGUCAUGGCGACGGGUCUUGCUAUGCUCAAGCGCGAGGUUGACCGCCGGCGGGCGCAGCAGAUUGCUGUCAUGGCGGGCGUGGCUAGUUAGGGAUUGGGUAGGGAAGGGGGAGUGGAAGUGGAAGUGGAAGGGAAAGGGAGAGUGGAAGUGGAAGGGAAAGGGGCAGUGGAAGUGGAAGUGGAAGGGAAAGGGGGAAGUG